UUUAACAAAAUUAAGAUGUUUGUAUAAACGGCUGUGAAAGUGAUUAUUUAUAAAUUCGGAAGGAGUUUCGAAGAUAAGUUAUAUUCAACAUGGGAAAGGACAUUCAUACUCCGAUACAGCUUUACAGGCACCUGUUUAGACGUCUAGAACGACUGCCUAAGUCGAUGCAAGGUCAUUACAAACACCAAGUAAGACAGCAAUUUCGAAGUCAUGCUGAUGAGAUUGACUCUGAGAGAAUUCAACAAAUUAUCAAGAAGUCGUUGGAGGAUUGUGAUUGGCUGAUCAAUAAGCCUGGUAAUUAG